CACUUGCGGAGAAAACUUUGAAUGUCCGCUUCGGACACGGAAGUAUUUGCACUUAUAAAUUCACACCCAACGGAUUAUCACAUCAUUCCGCAAGUCGGCAUCCCGCCUGUUACUAUAACCAAGGACUGCUCAAAAAACGUCUAAAAUGAAGAUCACUUCAUUGUGUCUCGUAUUUUUUGGAAUAGCUGCUUUGGUGGUCUCCGUAGCUGCGAUGCCAACCGAAAAUUUUGACGAGGGGAUUCUUAAGCACUCCACGAGCCUCGCAGAUCUCGAAGAGUUUGGAUUACACUCUACGAAUUGGCUUCCGGAAGCAACUGAAAAUCUUGUUAGAAAAACGCGAAAGGCUCGUAAACGUGGUCCUAAACGUUCCAAAUCCAGAAACCACAAAGUUUUGGAAAAGCUGGGGGAAAAAAUUGGUGAACGUGUUAUAGACUCAAGUAUUGAUAUCGCCUUGCAUUACCUGUUGAAUCAAAUUAUCGAAAAUACCGAAGAAGCGACAGACAACUCAACGGCCGUUGACUGAAGAAUACAAGAUGCUCAUCGAAGCACUCUAACUUUACCUUCUCCGUUUGUCGAAAACUCAAUUCAGUACCUUAAGUUUAACAAAAUGCUACCUUGAUAAAGUCCAAAAUUUAAAAAUGAAAAACAUCUACUGCUUGAUCUUAUAUUUGGUUUUAUGAAAAUUUAAGAAUUAUCUAUUUCCGUAACACAGACGAGCUGAAUUUACAGCUCCCAAAAUUUUCCCAUAACGAAUUUCUGGUCUUUUAUUUUUCUUAUUACGUAAAAACUUCUGAAAACAAAUCG